ACUCUCAAAAGUCAAAUCUCAACCAAAUACAAAGCUGAGAAGAAUGAGUGCUAGUGUAAAGAUUUUAUGAAUUUUAUUAUCCUAUAAUUGUGGAAUUAUAUCGGUAAUACAAAGCCUUAGUAAACAAGUGAAUCAUUUAAAAAAACACAAUGGCCAUGCAACCACAUAGUAAAAAAAGAGUUUGCUACUACUAUGAUAGUGAUAUCGGAAAUUAUUACUAUGGACAAGGACACCCCAUGAAACCUCAUCGUAUACGUAUGACACACAACUUGUUACUGAAUUAUGGCCUGUACAGAAAAAUGGAAAUAUAUCGACCCCACAAGGCAACUGCAGAUGAGAUGACCAAGUUUCAUUCAGAUGAUUACAUAAGAUUUUUGAGAUCUAUAAGACCAGACAACAUGUCCGAAUAUAACAAACAAAUGCAAAGAUUCAAUGUGGGUGAAGAUUGUCCAGUGUUUGAUGGUCUCUAUGAGUUCUGUCAGUUAUCUGCAGGAGGUUCUGUUGCUGCUGCUGUCAAGUUAAAUAAACAGGCAUCUGAAAUAUGUAUCAAUUGGGGUGGCGGUCUGCAUCAUGCCAAGAAAUCCGAAGCAUCUGGUUUUUGUUAUGUGAAUGACAUUGUGUUAGGUAUAUUAGAACUACUGAAAUAUCACCAGAGAGUGCUAUAUAUUGAUAUUGAUGUACACCAUGGAGAUGGUGUGGAGGAAGCAUUUUAUACAACAGAUAGAGUAAUGACUGUGUCCUUCCAUAAAUAUGGAGAAUAUUUCCCUGGAACAGGUGAUCUUCGAGAUAUAGGAGCAGGUAAAGGUAAAUACUAUGCCGUAAACAUUCCUCUGCGCGAUGGAAUGGACGAUGAGUCCUAUGAGUCAAUCUUUGUACCGAUCAUAUCAAAGGUUAUGGAGACCUUUCAACCAAGUGCAGUGGUGUUGCAGUGUGGUGCUGACUCACUUACUGGUGAUAGACUGGGAUGUUUCAAUCUGACUGUGAGAGGUCAUGGCCGGUGUGUUGAGUUGGUCAAGAGAUUUGGACUGCCUUUCUUACUUGUUGGAGGAGGGGGAUAUACAAUUCGUAAUGUCUCCCGUUGCUGGACCUACGAGACAUCCGUGGCACUUGGAGUGGAAAUUGCGAAUGAACUUCCUUAUAACGACUACUUUGAGUACUUCGGGCCCGACUUCAAAUUACACAUAUCACCUAGCAACAUGUCCAAUCAAAACACACCUGAAUAUUUGGAAAAGAUCAAGAAUAGAUUGUUUGAAAAUCUGCGAAUGUUACCGCAUGCCCCAGGAGUACAGGUUCAAGCUAUUCCUGAAGAUGCUAUUAAUGAUGAAUCCGAAGAUGAGGACAAAAUAGACAAAGAUGAACGAUUGCCGCAAAGUGAAAAGGACAAGCGGAUCGCGGCGGACGGCGAGCUGUCGGACAGCGAGGACGAGGGCGAGGGAGGCGGAGGGGGAGGGGGGAGGAGAGACAACCGCUCGUACCGCGCGCCGACACGCAAGAGACCGCGCCUCGACAAGGACGGCGCCGGCGGGAACAAGGACGACGUCAAACCUGAAGACAGCAAGGAUGACACCAAAAGCGUAAACAAUCUGGAAGAACCAAAGAAAGAUUUAACUCCAAACGCCUGAUCUUUGAGGUUCUAAACUGUUAUGGACUUGCCGUGUUCAGUGAGUGAUGGAUCAUUAGUUCACGCUGUUGUAAAACCCUUCGUUUAUACCAAUUAUAUAUACAAUUCUUAUCCAACUUGUAUCACACUCAUACAAAACUUGUACUAAACAUCAGUUAACUGUCUUAUGUUUCUAAUUCUGCUUUGUUCAGAAAAUCUUUAACAAGUGUGAUACAAAAUUGUGUAAGAAUUGUCUUAAACACUGAAUAGAACUUGUAAAAUACAAUAUUAUCAUGAAGGGUGUAAUCAGUGCUGUUGUGAAAUCAACAUGUUGACAUUAUUUCCGUGAUUCAUUUGUCAAACACUAUUUUAAGGAUAUUUUUCUAUAAUAUGCCUAACUAUUACCUAACAUAACACUUAAAUUAUUAAGUAAAGCAUGUACGAUCUCAUAUAUAUCAAUGAACUUUACUGUCCUCUUGAUUUCUACCAUUUAGGUGGUCGUUUGUUGCAACAUUUUAUGUAAAACUUUUCGAUGGUUGUUAAUAAUUAAAGCAGUUUAUGAAUAAAAAAUCUAUAAAUCCUGUGACACUUGGAAAAAUAUAUGAUUUUAUUUACUAUAAUAUUAUGAAAGCCGAAAUGCGUUUUAAAUAUAAUAUGCUCCAUAGAAAACAAAAAUACCAAAUUAAACAAUCGUAUUUGAUGUAUUAACAUCAUUACACUUUCAUGAAAUACCAAUGUUAUGCAAAUAUAAUGCACUUUGUAAAAUCAGAUUAAUAUGAUCACAAAUUGAGAAAAUAUACUUGAUAUUCCGUAAACUUUUAUAAAAAAACAAAACAUUACAUUACAAAAUAGUACAGAGCAUUUAAUGAAUUUUGUAUAGGCAUUAAUGAAGGAUGUUAGGUUAGGUUCAAAUAGUUGAUCUGAUUAAUUAAAAUACUUAAAUAUGUUAAGCAAUCAAUGCCAAUUUAAUAUUUUACGAUCAUUUAUCUAAAUCAGGAACUAAUAAUAUUUGAAUCGUCUUAAAUUUUCAAUAUUAUUAUUUCAUUAUUAGUUAAUGAUUGUAAUAAUUUUAUACUUCACACAUUGGACUGCGAAUAAGUUCUUAGAAUUUUAGAAAUAAAUUCUGUACAAUAAUUUAUGUUCUGUUAUCAUAGAAGAAUAUUUAAUGACACAAUGAAUGUAUGCUGUAGAAUGGAAUCUCUCUACCCUUAAACUGGGCUUAAAGCGAAAUGCGUGUCGUGUCGAGUCGCAUUUAUUCCUUGUACGUCCAUCUCAGACAAAUCGAAUCGUUAUUUCGUUUUAACUCAUCUUUGAUCCAGAUCGCCUGGGGUAGUAAUGAACAGUUGGUUUGGACUUAUUAUGGUUGCGUGUAGUGGUAGCAUAAUCGUGGAGUUAAGCUCUAUCAAUUACAAUAUUUCUUACCUCACAAUUCGUGCUACGGGAUACUAAGUUUUAACCGAAUAGUUCAAAUAAUUAUAUAAUUAUCCACUCGCCUCGUCAUCACAAUACCAUGUAAUAUUGUGAAAUAAAAUUUAUUAUUUAAAUAGCCUGCGGGCGCUUGCUCCAUUCCCAUUCUGGUAUCAUUAAGAAAGUCAAUUAUGUUAUAGUAACUUUUACCACACAAACGUUUUUUAUUUUUUUAAAUUAGUAACACAAUUGUUUUAAACAUUUUCUGGGAUCUUGUUGUAAAAGCAUAUACAUCGCCCCACAAAAGCUAACUUACUAACUCGACUUAGCCGAGAUUAUUGAAUAGUGAUCUAAUGAACGCUAUUCUGUAAAUAUUGAUUUUAUAUCAUUGGGGAUACGUCGAUACGGUGUCUGUUGUGCGCCAGAAGCGAGAUUUUCCAUUCUACACUAAUUAGUCAUUCACAUGAGAACAACACAUAGGAAGAAAUACUAACGAAAUAAAUGCAGGUACCUAUAGUUAUAUUUCUUUAGUUAUGUUUAUUAGGAUACAGAACUUAAGCUUGAAUUGCUAUUAAAAAAUUUCUUAAAAUAAUUUAAUUUAUUUUUUGAUAUGAGAGCUGAGAUUGAAUUGUGUUAUUGCCUACCUUUUCUUAAAGGCUAUACCGACCUGGUAAAGAUAGGUGAUAAACCUCUCGCCCAACUUCUCUAGCUCGUUUAGACGCUGCUGCGAAUAGUUGUAGCAGUAAGAAUAAAUAUGGAGGGUAUCGGAUAGGAGGCGUGACACCUUCACAACGAACUAGAGCCUGGCGAAGGUACACCUACAUACAGCCAGAGUAACUCUAUAUAUUUCUAUUUUUUUAUGCUCUAGCAAUAUCCUAACGCAACGAUAUGUUGUCUUUUUGUAUAAAUAAAAUUAAAACAAAAAACGUGUUAAUUGUAAGUAGGUAUUUAAUUAUGUCUAUGUUCCAAAUGAGUAUGUGUUUGUGGCUCGUUGUGAUUACACAACUAGAUAAGACUGUAAAUAGUUAGUAUAUUUUUUAUUCAGUAAAUAAAUACCAUAUUUGUA